CAGGCAUCAUACAAGACAGCCAAGUUUCCGGAAGAGCAACUGGUGUUUAAUGGACAAGGAAGAGAUAUUUGUUUACGUUUAGUCUGGAAAUCAAACUAGAUAUUUAUUUUUCGUCAAAUUUUCCUGGCUCUUUUUAAAUCGUCAGCAUGCCUUUGUUUGCUCAAAAUCCGUUUGACCAAGAUGUCGAGAAGUCAACCAAUGAAAACAACACUACAGAUGACUGGGGGCUCAUUAUGGACAUAUGUGAUAAGAUUGGAACAACAGCCAAUGGACCGAAGGACAGCUUGCGAUCCAUUAUGAAGAGAGUCAACCACAAAGUGCCUCAUGUUGCCAUGCAGGCCAUCAAUUUGCUGGGUGCUUGUGUUUCAAACUGCGGCAAAAUAUUCCACCUGGAAAUCUGCUCGAGGGAGUUUUCCAGUGAAGUACGGAGUGUGCUGGGCAGGGCCCACUCUAAGGUGUGUGAAAAGCUGAAGGCUCUGAUGGUGGAGUGGGCAGAAGACUUCCAGAAGGACCCACAGCUCAGCCUGAUCAGCGCCACCAUCAAGUCUCUGAAGGACGAGGGCAUCAGCUUCCCUUCACCAUCAUCACAGGGGUCGAGCACAAAGGGCAGCACACCCGCUGCGAGCAAAGCAUUGGAUGAUGACGACAACCUGGCCAAAGCCAUCGAGCUGUCCUUGCAGGAGCAGAAGCAGCAGGUGGAGACGCGACCCCUGGCCCUGACCUCUGACCCCCCAACCAACACCAACGGGGGUCAGGAGGCCCGCAAGGUGCGAGCGCUCUACGACUUCGAGGCGGCUGAAGACAACGAGCUGACCUUCAAAUCCGGAGAACUUAUUCUGGUUCUGGACGACAGCGAUCCAAACUGGUGGAAAGGAGAGAACCACAGAGGAGUCGGGCUCUUUCCUUCCAACUUUGUCACAACCAAUCUGAACUCGGAGCCAGAGACAGUGGCUUUUAUUGAGAAGUCCUCCACCCCUGAAGAGACGAGCCUGGAAACCAGAGCGGAGCCGGAGCCCGUCUUCAUUGACGAGGGGAAGAUGGACAGCACGCUGGCUCUGCUGCAGAACGCAGAUCCUGCAGAUUCCACUCCCGACUCCCAGGAGCUGAUCCAGCUGGAGGGUGCAUGUGAGCAGAUGAACCCGAUGAUCGAUGAGAAGCUGCAGGAGAUUGACAGGAAACACUCGGAGUUGUCCGAGCUGAACGUGAAGGUGCUGGAGGCGCUGGAGCUCUACAACAAGCUGAUGAACGAGGCUCCGUUCUACUCGGCCUACUCCAAGAUGCAGACGCAGUAUGCUCCUGCAGGAUCAGCUGUUGCCAUGCAGGGCUACAUGGGCCCGGCCGGCGGCCCCUACAUGCCUCCUGGGAUGCCUCAGGGUCCUCCUGUGCAGACCUACUCUCUGCCUAGCGACCAGCCCGGACAGCUGCACUCGCUGCCCCCCAACGUCUCUGCACCCCCCAACUGCCAAGCUGCUCAGCCUCCCUACAUGAGCAGUGGUAUGAACGCUCAGUACAUGAACCAGGUUCCUUACCCACACCCGGGGGGCGUGGCCAUGGACAUGUCGACCUAUCACAACUCUAGCAUGCCUCCUGGCUCCUACCCCAUGGUGGGCCCCCCCCACCAGGCUCCUCAGCAGCAGCAGCAGCAGCAGCAGCAGCAGCAGCAGCAGCAGGCGGUGUACUAUCAGCAGCCUCUGCUCUAAAACUCCGACACACCGCAGACCUGAACACACAUACUUUAGAUAUUUCUGUUUCCAGUGGUGUGUGUGUGUGUGUGUGUGUGUGUGUGUGUGUGUGUGUGUGUGUGUGUGUGUGUGUGUGUGUGUGUGUGUGUGUGUGUGUGUGUGUGUGUGUGUGUGUGUGUGUGUGUGUGUGUGUGUGUGUGUGUGUGUGUGUGUGUGUGUGUGUGUGUGUGUGUGUGUGUGUGUGUGUGUGUGUGUGUGUGUGUGUGUGUGUGUGUGGUGUAACUGCUCUAGGGACAUUCCUUUAGACAUUUUUGUGCCUGAUGAGCUGAGUUAAACACACCAUUUGAAAACAGAAAUACCUGAAGUGUGUGUGUGACGCAGGUCUGCCGUUCAUCAGGACACUGUGUGUGUGUGUGUGUGUGUGUGCGUGUGCAUGAGGCUGAACAUGACGUCGGGAGAUUGCUCCUCUCUCUUUCGCUGCUCCUUUUUCCAGGCUGACAGUGAACACAUCGCAGGUCCACGCAGGAAGAAGAGCUGCCACCGAUACAGGACCAUGUAACGGGCCGAUUCUGAGGAAAUGAAACAACGCUACUCCCCAAAACUGUUAAUUCUGAAUGGACCCCCGUCAAAGAAUGUCCCGUUUUGGGCUAGCAACAAAAAGUCCAAGGCCAUGUCCGCACUUAUGAAGAUAAAUACGGAAAAGGUUUCUUUAUCUACUUUGCCAUUUAACUCAAUAAAUCCCCUGUCAAUUUUGUAUUUCAUAUUUUCAGCCACGAUUCAAAAAUGCUGAAGGCAACCCAUAAAGCCAAAUACAAAAUACAGUAUAAGUGAGUAAAACAGGAGCUCUGCAUGUAAAAAAAAGAGCCUUAGCGCUAGUCUUUAUGCUAGUCUUUAUGCUAGUCUUUAUGCUAGUCUUUAUGCUAGUCUUUAUGCUAGACUUUAUGCUAGACUUUGCACGGCUGGUUUGUUCCCUCAGAUGCUUGUGAGACAGAAACGUGUCCAGUAUAGUGAGCCUGCAAGACUAACAAUUACAGAACCAUUUCUAAAAAAACACAAAUGGAUUUAAGGAUGACAAAAGGAAAGCUUUGUUGCUUGGAGACACCAUGCACGAUAUUCUAGUUCUCUGGCUAGUGUGUAUUGAAUCCCAUCGGACGCCUGAACAUCAUUUUCCAAUGUACCUCCAUCAGUGUGAACAUGGCCUGAUAAUCUACAAUAAUGUUUGCUUUUUCUACCAUCAUGUUGUUUUUAAGUCAGACGGUGAAUUCAUCAGAAGGCAGGGACACGUCAUUCUGAGCAUCUCUCUGUCCCUUUUUAAAGAUGGAAACACUUUCUGCUAUUAUUCAAUCUGCAGGAAGGUGCAUCCUUUUGCUUUAGUACAAAUAAGUUAAGUUAAAAGGCAGGAGCUCCGUAUGUGUCUGCGUCACCAGCAUCCAUCACCUAUCAAACAUUAACAGUUCUAUUAAACGGUUAACUCUCUGCCUUCCAAUGCAAUCCGGUUGCAUUUGACAGAGGACAUUUCUGUGUGCGUGUGUCUGCAUGUUUGUUUGUGUCGAGGGCUUAACCAUCAUCUGACUUUAGGGUGAAGUAGUUCAUCGUUUGUGUGUUUAUUAAUGUGAUGGCUGCAUACGGUUAUGAUUCAUCAGUACCUUCCUGCCUCUCCUCUUCAUGUGUGGGGUCUCUUCUUCCAUUUAUCAGAAACAUGUUAGGAGAUUAUUUUAUGCAAAUACUCGUCUUUUCCAUGUCAUUACUAAAUGCCUGUUCUUUGAUUUAUAUAUCUAUAUAUAGAGAGACCUUAUACAUGUAUGAUUUACAUGGCUGGAGAACGUGUAAUUAUUAUUCUAACUCCUGCUUACUCUGAAGUUUCCAGGCUAAAUGUAAAUGGGGCAAUUUUCUAGUUGCUGUUAAUAUAAGGUGAUGUUUUUAACCUACUGUUGGUUUGUUUUCGGGGUUGAAAUGAAGGAGCCGCUCUCAUUAAAUCUACUCUUGUAUAUUGCAGUUGCUCCAUAGUUAUAAUUUCUAGCCAAAACUGUCUAUAUUUGCUUUACGUGCCUCUUAGUAAAAGGCAUUGUAUAUUAGUUGUAAAAUACCAGUUUUUAUUUGGCGGUGACAUUGACAUUGCACCUUAGCUUUGUAAACAUUUAUUUACCAAUGGAUGCCUUGUUUUUUUCUGUAGAAAUCAAAGGAUGACAUGGACACAACUUUGGCGAGUCACUUCAGUCUCAGAUGUAUAAUUCUGUAUAUUUAAAAAUAUUCCAGGAGAAGUUCCUUUAUCCAGGAUUUUAAAAACUGCUUUUUUAAACAGAGCAAAAUGUGUAAUAUUCUUUGAAAUAAAAAGAAAUGUACCUGUGUGA